AAUAACCUUUACAAUGAAAUCAAAUUUAAAAAAGACAAAUGGAAUAAAAACACGGAGAGGGGUUUCUUAUGUACUCCGUCUCCAACGCUCCUCUCCACCAUUUUCUCUUCUUACAAGCUUCCCCUGAGACGACUUUUCCCUGAUUUACCCAAACAUAUCCGCCUUUGUGCUUCAUCCUCUGAGUGGUUCUUAGUGUUUUCAAAAUACAAGAUGAGUAAAGUUAACAGUGAGGAAUCUUCUAGUAACCAAAGGUUAUUGAAGGAGGUAGAGACGAUCGGUGAAGCUCUGUAUGUCAACAAGAAUAAUCCUAGGAAGAGCUCAGCAUCUGGUCCUUAUAACAACACUUCAACAAAGCCCUUGGGUCGUACCACCCACUUAGCUGAGCCUCAGAAGGAAAAGAAGUCUUUUUGGAACUGGCCUCUCAGAGCUCUUUCUCAUGUCCGAAACCGACGGUUCAACUGUUGUUUCUUUGCUCAAGUACAUUCCAUAGAAGGCUUACCGCCGAUAUUCCAGGAUCUUUACCUCACUGUUCACUGGAAACGUCGUGAUGAGUCUUUAACCACUCGUCCUGCAAAAGUUUUGAACGGAAGAGCUGAGUUUAAGGACAAGCUGACGCAUACGUGCUCGGUUUACGGAAGCAGAAGCGGACAGCAUCACUCGGCUAAGUAUGAAGCGAAGCAUUUCUUGCUGUAUGCGUCUCUGGUUGGGUCUCCUGAGGUUGAUCUGGGGAAACAUCGGAUGGAUCUUACGAGAUUGCUUCCUCUAACGCUAGAGGAGUUGCAGGAUGAGAAGAGCACUGGGAAGUGGUCGACGACGUUUCAGUUGAGUGGGAAGGGUAGUGGUGCUACUCUGAGCAUGAGUUUUGGGUACACUGUUGUUGGGGAUACUCGCAGUGCUUCAAAUGCAAAGCAAACUAGCAAUAAUAUCACAGGGUUGACGAGGACUACUAGUACAAAGUCUGUAUCUCGGCGUUAUGAUCAUGGUAUUGUUAACAAAGAGUCUCGUCCUCUGUCUGAUAAUGUGGAGGAGAUCAAAGAUCUUCAUGAAGUUCUUCCCGUUGCACAAUCUGACUUGGCCAGUUCUGUGAACAUUCUGUAUCAAAAAUUUGAUGAGGAGAAGGUGGAUCCUGCAGCUGAGUCUCAGAUCGAAUUUGAGGUUGUCAUUAAACACAUUGAACCUGUUGAGUCAUUUCUUCAAGAAAAUGAAGAUGCAAAUGGAACUGAGGUUCCUUUAGAGGAUGUUAAGAAGGUUGACGAAGUUCCUACUGCUGGAAGUGAGGAAGUUUUUACAGAAAACUUGCCUCCAGGAGAGCCUUUGGUAAACAGGAAUGAGACUGAUGUUUCUUUUGAAGAAUCAAAGAUAGUUGGUGAAGUUCCUAUUACUAGAAGUGAGGAAGUUGUUGAGAUUGGUACAGAAAGUUUGUCUCCAGAGGAGGGUAGCAAUGUUUCUAUAAAGGAAGAGAACAAUGGGAGAGACGUGAGAGAAAUGAUAAUGAAAGAUCUUGAAUCAGCUUUGAAAAGUGUAGAAAUGUUGGAAGCAUUCGGUGAAGAUGAGGAAGAUCAAGAAGACCGUGGAGGCUCAGAAACAUCCUUUAGAACACCAAAUAAGGAAACAGCAGCAGCAUCAAGUUCGAGAGAUGUGGCAAGCGAGUUCUUAGACAUGCUAGGUAUUGAACACAGCCCUUUUAGUUUGAGUUUUGAGAGGGAACCUGAGUCCCCAAGGGAGCGCCUGUUAAGAGAGUUUGAAAUGGAAACUCUAGCAGCCGGUUCUUUGUUUGAUUUUGGUACCGUAUCUGUUGAUCCACAAAUGGAAUGUGAUGAAGACUUCUCAGAAGAGAAUGAAUCAGAAGCUUUCGAUCUAGCAUCUCUCGUUCAUGAUAUAGAGGAAGAGUACCAGUUAGAAACUCAAGCAAGAGUCAGCAACCCCAGGGCCAAAACGUUAGAAGACUUGGAAACAGCAUCACUGAUGCGUGAGUGGGGUAUGAAUGAAAACACUUUUCAGAACUCUCCGCCUCACAAUGGUCGUAAUACGUUUCCUCCGGCGCAGGAGCCAUUUGAUUUGCCUCCUCUAGGAGAUGGCCUUGGUCCUGUUGUGCAGACAAAGAACGGAGGGUUCUUGCGUUCAAUGAAUCCCUCACUGUUCAGAAACUCUAAAUCCGGAGGGAACUUGAUUAUGCAAGUGUCAAGUCCAGUGGUGGUGCCUGCUGAGAUGGGCUCUGGUAUCAUGGAGAUACUUGAGAAACUAGCCACUGCUGGAAUUGAGAAGCUCUCAAUGCAGGCAAAUAAAGUAAUGCCUUUGGAUGACAUAACAGGGAAAACUAUGGAAGAGUUGUUGUGGGAAGCUUCACCUGCAAUUGACGGUGGUAACAGGGAUCAUAUCUCACAGCAUGGAUCUGGUUUUGGGAGUGGAGCAUCAUCUGCAGCUAAUUCAAAAAAGUUUGGUUCAAGCUCUAGCAACAAAAACUCUGGCUCGGAGUAUGUAUCACUUGAAGAUCUUGCUCCUUUGGCUAUGGACCAGAUUGAAGCACUUUCAUUAGAAGGAUUGAGAAUACAAUCAGGAAUGUCAGAGGAGGAUGCACCCUCUGAAAUAACUGCACAGUCAAUCGGAGAGAUCUCAGCCUUCCAAGGAAAAAGCGGGUGCGUUGGUCUAGAAGGAGCUGCUGGUUUACAACUUCUUGACAUAAAGGAUGACAGAGAUGAGGAUGAUGAUGGGUUAAUGAGUCUCUCAUUGACUCUUGAUGAGUGGAUGAAGCUGGAUUCAGGUGACAUUGGAGACGAAGAUGAAAUAAAUGAGCAAACGUCGAAAAUCUUGGCUGCACAUCAUGCAAACCCACUGAACUUUAUCCGGAAAGGGGAGAAAAGAAAGGGGAAGAGAGGAAGGAGAUGUGGUUUACUUGGGAAUAACUUCACAGUAGCACUAAUGGUUCAACUCCGAGAUCCCUUAAGAAACUAUGAGCCAGUUGGAGCUCCCAUGCUUUCUCUUAUCCAGGUUGAGAGAUUGUUUGUUCCUCCAAAGCCCAUAAUCUAUAGUACAGUUUCAGAGGUGAGGAAAACCGAUGAAGAGGAAAAGGAAACUGAGGUGGUCAAAGAGGAUAAAACCGUUUUGGAGGAACAAGGAAUCCCUCAGUAUAAAAUCUCAGAGGUGCAUGUUACUGGUAUGAAGAGUGAGACUGAUAAAAAGCCAUGUGGAGUCAAGAGUCAGCAUCAGCAGGUGCAGUCUGGUUCAAGGUGGUUGAUGGCUAACGGAAUGGGGAAAGGGAACAACAAGCUUCCUCUUAUGAAACCAAAACCGGGUUCUAUAAAGUCUGGUGAUAAGUUGUGGAGUGUGUCUGGUUCUGGUUCUAAAUGGAAAGAGCUUGGGAAAGUGGGGAAGUGGAACACACACGUGCGGAAUCCGAAUGUGAUCAUGCCAAAAUGAAACAAGAACUACUGUCUGGUUUCUGUUUUUUUUUUUAUGCUAUGUAAAGGUAAUGUUAUGUGGUGUGGUGUGCCUAGAUUCAUUUCAGUGUUGCACCUGUGUUUAUUUAUGUGUGUGUUAGUUUAGGUUUUGCGGAUCAAACUAAUCACUGUUUUGUGGUACAGUUAAGAGAUCAAUGGAACGAACAAGAGCCUUUGAACU